CCACCAAGGUUAGAUUAAGAAGCCGGCUCCUGCAGGCCAACUUUUUUCAGCGGUCGCAGUGGCUGCUCGAAUUCGGUGAAGUUCAGACGUGUCCGUGCGUAGGUCUCGCGCCGCAACCCUGAUCAGUGCAGGCAGUUCAGUUGCAAAUCAUUCAAGUGCACCACUAGCCGCGGCAUGAAGAUCAGGACUAUACACCUGCGUGGAGUCUGCGAUUAAUAGUGUUUGUGUCAGUUUCUGUGCAACCUGACGCAAAACCUGGACUCGAUUCAGCACCAGUGCCGUGCCCGCCCAGCAUUUUGGAUUACGCCCCAUCGUUGUCACCACUUGACUGGUGAAUAUAAUUCGACAAUGUCGAGUCUUUACCACCUGAUGCCCGAAUCUUCAGACAAGAUGCAUUCGUCAGACGCGUUUGGCACUUCGUCAGUCGAGCUCGAUUGGAGCCCGAUGGACAUGCUGGACCAGGCGAGUUCCUUCAUCACACACAGCGCGCCCGGCAACCUGGACGACCUGGCCUCCAUCAUGAGCUGCAAGCAGCCGGGCAGCAGUCUGGACACCUUGUCCGAGUCCAUCUGGGACAAGUUCGACCUGCUCCACUACAUCCUGGACGAGAGCCCCCUCGACUCACUGGACGAAGACGAACUUCUGCCGGCGUCCGAGAUCGUCCGGCUGUCCAGCUCGCUGGAGAGCAACCCGUCUCCGAUCAGCGAGAUGCGCCACCACGACUGCAUGUGGGCCGGACUUUGCAGACACGAAGAGCACGGCGACGCCGACUUGAUGGUCACGCCGCCCUGCUCGCCGACCUUUGACAUCUGCGUGCCGUCCCCGGCCGUUCCGCGCAAGGUCAUCCCGGUGGUCACCCCUGCGGCACCCCGACCGACCAACUCGCGCAGUCUGCUGGUGCCCCGAAAGGAGCUGAAGAAGAUGGAAAAGCAGUCGUUCAUGGACCUCGAGCACCGUCCGGAGACGCCCGUCUCGGAUUUCGACGAGUCGUUCCACUCCAUGCGCUACUAUUCCAACAACGAGGACGAAGACUCGGAGACGGACAGCAUCCAGUCGUCGUCCGAGACAGAGGAGGACUGCGUCGAUUCUUCCACCAGCACCAUCGACUCGCGCUACCUCAACCACGGCCCCAGCUACAUCACCGACCACACGUACGGUCGACCGGCCUUCAGACAACCACCAGACACAAACAACUACGGACUCUGCACACCUUCCGAUUCUGAGGAGGAGAUCGAUGUGGUUAGUCUGCAAAAUGAGUUGACCCUGCCCGAGACGACCAUCAUCAAGGAGGAGUUGUGCUCCCCCGUCAAGAGGGCCAAGUUGACCCCAACAAAGCGGUCUGCGCGGCAGUCUGCUCGCGCCGCCCGCGCCUCCACCCUGGCGAGUAAACGCAGCAGUCAGUCGCAUGACUUCCAGGAGGAGCUGCAGAACUCGCUGGCGGCCAUGGCCGCCGAGGCGGCCAAGGACGUGGUGCCACCCCUGCGCCUGCGCCUCCAGCAGGCCGGCGCCAAGCGACGCAAGAGCGCCCCCGUCUCGUCGUCCGACAACUCUUCGGACAGCUCCUCGGACGACGCCACGCCCACCCUGAAGAGAGGCCACAAGCGCAGCCGGCUGAGCAAAAAGCUGUCAGCGGCGGCGCGCAAGCGAUGCGCUCAGGCGAGUUCGUCGGGCCGGAGCUCGUCGGACAGCGAGGAGCGCAGCGGGAAACGGACCAUGCACAACACGAUGGAGCGGCAGCGACGCGUCGACCUGCGCAACGCGUUCGAGUCGCUGCGCAAGUUCAUACCGGAGCUGCUCAACUCUGAGAAGGCGCCGAAAGUGACGAUCCUGCGCGAGGCCAGCAACUACUGCAUGGCCCUGCAGGAGGAGGAGGCCAGCCAGGAGCGCAUCAAGCGACAACUUCUGAAGCGGCAGGCGGCCCUGCGGCAGCGUCUGGCCGACGCGCGUCGCCACGUCGCCUCCGCGCGCAGAUAGACACUCACUUGGUGAACCAAAACAUUUGCCGCCGACUGCCAUAGCCGUAAUCGUGUUUGUAAAAAUUACUAUAGAGAAGAAAAAUGCUGCUCCGGAGAGGGACUAUCACAUUAAAUCAUGAUGUAAUUAGCUUGUGUAGCAGCAGCAAACACACUAGAUGAAUUUUUUUUUCUUUCUUUCUUUCUACGAGAUGUCUUUUUUUUGUACAUAAUUAGUCAGUUCGAGAGAGGUAUCACACCCCCUGCGCGAAAGCUUUACAUCCCCCUUUCUUUCCCGGUAGAUUGAUGGACGGUGAAGACGGCGUAUACGUUGCGUGAAAUACCAAAGUGGCUUUAGCUCAAAAUCGACUUUACUACGUAUAAUUGUCUAAGGAAAGUGAUAUUUAAAAGUAAAUUGUAAAUCGUUAAGGAUAAAGCCACUUGACGUAGCUAAGCUUCUUUCUACGAAAGAAGCGUAUUUAUAUGCAUAUAUAGAUGAAACACGCAGUAAGUAGUGCACGACGGUGAUUUGCGAUCAGAUUUAAUUCUAUUUAGCAAGUUUAACAAUAUCGCUCCCUGUAUUUAUAUAAUGAUAGAUAGCUGUGUGCGAAAAUGGCUCUAUAUUAUAAAAAUAAAAAACAAUCGUGUGCGUGGAAUGCGAAAAAGGUGGUAGUUUGGUCGAGCGAGCGAGCGCUGCCUUUGACGGCAGUGCUUUUUUUUUAUAAAAAUUGAUUGUGUUCAUUACUGUUAGAAGUGUUUUCUCGACUCGACUCUUCUCCUACUUCUGCAACUAAAGUGUACAUUGAUUGAUCCUUAGUUUAUCGUACAGUUUAUUUAAAAAAAAGGGGUUUUCGUUUGCGCUUCAUAAUCUUUAAUGAAAGAGAGUAAUGGUUAUGAAUAAUUAACACAACCAUUCUUUUUCUGUAAUUAUCUUGUCUUAUAUUUUUUGAGUUUAUUUUUUUGAAGAGUACAGCCGACUCGCUCGAAGUAUAUAUUAUUGAUUUCUCCGCCGCUCUGAUCAGUGUAUGUAACGUCUUCCACGAAAAUCUCUUCUUGGUUACGUUUUUUGUACAUAAAUAAAUAAAUGAAUGGCCGCGUUGACGAUGAACUUACUAGACACACUCUUGAUGAUUAUAUUCAGAGGCGCUUGACGCUUCGAAGCUCAACAUUUUUGAAACAAUUGCAAAUUGCCAUAUCAUAUCGUUUUAAGUUAGAAAAGUUUCCAGUUUGUGCAAAAUAAUAAAGUGGAAAUUUUUGAUGAAUUAAUUAAUUAAUCGAUCAAUUCGCUGCUCAUACACUGACACCGAGAGGUGAUAUAUGCGUUCACUUAGCUUUUUUUUUAUUAAUUUCAUUGAUGAUGUGCCUUUAUUGCGUCGACUUUUUAGUUGCCUCAUCUGCGCCCACGGCAAUAGUGUGAAUUGGCUUCAACGCGAGUUCAAAAUACCAGUACAACUUGUAAUGAUUACAAUAGAGGUUCUCUCAAAAGUCACCGACUCUUUUUUGAAAAUUUGAUCGUGUUACUAUAAACGAUGUCAAGUACAAAUUCGGUGAAGUACUAAUUAGUUGGGUUGUUUCCGCUGAAAUUAUUCUAAAAAAAUUUAAGAUUUCUACAGAAUUCACCUCAAUUUAUGCAAACAACUCGGGCGUAGAUGACAGUCAGUCACAAUUUUAUAGUGUUUUUUGUGCACACUCACACACACAUACACACACACAACACUUUCUUAGACACACAACACACUCAUACACCUUUGCUCUGAGUAAUAAUACCGACCGAUCGGACCGAAUUAGGCAGAAAUUGACUAAUCAUAUGAAAUUUGCUACCUAGAUAUAAUAAAAUGUAGUGUAAGAGAUUUUUAUAAUAUGAUUACUAUUGUAACAAUAUUAUGAUUACUAAAGACAAGAAAUUUAGGGUUAAAAUUGAGUAUUGUACCUGUCAGAGGAAAGAGUUUUUAUUUAAUUAAAGAUUAGUACACACUUCUACUUUUUUGGAAAAAAAUUGAGAAAAAUGUUAAAAAUAGAGAAAGAUCCGCCACACGAGAGUAUAUUUUUCCUUCGGAUAAAAGUUUGUGAAAAUAACAGUGACUAUUUAGAAUCUC